AAAGAGCUCGCGUGUGAUGCGUUUGUGUAUCCUCAGUGUUUUUCUCUCUUGAGUGUUUUAUUGAGUGUAAACCGAGUCUUGUCUCUGUGUAUUUUAGUGUUAAUGAUGGAUGUGAUGUGCUAUAAAUCAGGAACUGAUCAGGGCUUACAGGAUGAGGAAUCUACUGAUCAAACCUCCACAGAGUCUCUGGAUUCUGUCUGUAACGCUGGAGAACAGCAGCAGAUCCUGCAGACCAAACUCAAGAUGUGUUCUGUCAAACUCAUUGACUGCACGAACCUCAUGAUGGAGAUCAAAACUGAAGCUACAGAAAUAAAAACUGAACCUACAGAAAUAAAAACUAAUCCUACAGAAAUAAAAACGGAACCCACAGAAAUAAAAACUGAGUCUACAGAAACUGAACCUACAAAAGAGGAAGAUCACAUUGAUGAAGAAGAGGAUUUUAUUACGUCAGAUGUGAAGAGUGAAUUAUGUUUGGAUGGAGAAAUUACGUCCUCGACUCUUUCCUGCAUCACCGGUGGAGAGACAUUGAGCUCACAGAGACAUUUAGAGAAUUUAUUUACAGCAAUAUCUCAUAUAAACAGUCACAUGAGAGCACACAGUGGUGAAAAGCAUUUCUACUGCACUGAAUGUGGCAAAUAUUUCAGCACCAAACAAAAUCUUAAAACUCAUCAGAGAAUUCACACAGGAGAAAAACCAUACGAGUGUCCUCACUGUGAGAAGAGAUUCAACCACAAACCUCAUCUGAAGAAACAUGUGCUUUUACACAUCAACGAGAGACCGUAUCAGUGCAGUGAAUGUGAAAAAACCUUUAUGUAUUCAUGUUCCUUAAAAUUACACCAGAAAAUUCACUCUGAAGAGAAACCCUAUCAAUGUUCACACUGUGAUAGAAGUUUUGGUUAUAAAUAUCAGCUGAUAGUCCAUGAGGUAACUCACACUGGAGAGAAACUUUAUCACUGUAAUGUUUGUGGGAAGAGUUUCAGUCACUCUUACCUUUUAGUGUCACACCACAAAACUCAUAUCGGUGAAAAACCUUACAAAUGCUCUCAGUGUGGAAAGACGUUUACUCGACUAUCUUCCUUAAAAAUCCAUGAGAGAAUUCACAGUGGAGAGAAACCUCAUCAAUGUAGUGUUUGUGGGAGGAGUUUUAAUCAACGUGAACAUUUAGCGUCACACCAGAGAACUCAUACAGGUGAAAAACCUUACAAAUGCUCUCAGUGUGAGAAGACGUUUGCUCGAUUAGAUGGCCUGAGGAGCCAUGAAAGAGUUCAUACAAGAGAAAAAACUUACGUCUGUGAAGAGAGAUUUGUUUAUUCUAAAUGUCUUCAGAAACAUCAGAAGAAACAUACUAAAAAACAAGCUAAACCUAAAUCAUCAUAGUGUCUCAAUAUUUGAGAGUUAAUCAAACCCAGAAUGCUUUAGAGAUCAACAUCACAUUGAGUUGUUAUGUGGUUUAGUGUUGGAGUGAAGCCAGUGAUGUAUGAUGAUUCUUUUAUUGAAGACUUUGUGUUUAGAGAUCAAAGGAGUUGGCUUUGAUUUCCUAAAAACACAGAGUGGCGCACAAACUAUGGCUUUUUUGGCUUUGGCUCUAUCAUUAUUUUUUUUUUUAAGUUAGGUUAAUAAUUUUUUACACAAUCAAUACACACAUCUCUGCUACAAAUGAACACUUCAAGUUUGUUUGUGGGACAUACCGUUAGCGUACAAUCACACCGAAAGUGACAGGAGUGCAAACAUACCCAAUAGGCGGGAUUCAUUGUAACAAACAGAGUUUGAUGUAACACCUGCUAGAAAAUUUAGUUUAAACAAAUUCUGUCUAUAUACUAAAGGUGGAUAUUGUUUAUAUAUCUGUCUAUAAUAGAUAUCCACACAUUCAUCCAUCCAUGAUCCUUCAUCUUACCAUCCUUGUAUUAUGCAUCAAUGCAUAUAAGAUUUUUUUAAAGAGCUGCACAAUUAAGAACAAAAACAUUAUUGAGAGGUAUUUCCCCUUAUCAACAUUAUUUUGAUAGCUGAGGUUUAAUUGUAACACUGUGUUACAACUAACCCUGCUUUGAAAAAAUGUUUUCAAUCCCAGCUAUCAGUUACUAGUUGCAGACAUGUUUAAAAUGCUGUUAUGUUUUAGGUAACAAGUCAGUGAUUAAAAUAAUAAAUGGUUGGAUAUGCAUACAAAGUUCUUUUAUUUCAUUUUUAAAAAAUGUAUUUAAGAUUUCUCUGGCUACCUUCAUGCUGAGUUUCUAUUAUAAGCAGUGUUGGGGGUAACGCAUUACAAGUAACUUGAGUUACGUAAUAAUAUUACUUUUCUGAAGUAACGAGUAAAGUAACGCAUUACUUUUUAAAUGUACACAUUAAUAUUUGAGUUACUUUUUCAAAAAAGUAACUCAAGUUACUUUUUUAGUUUAAUUAAUUUGAUUAAAAUAUAUGUACUGAAUUAAACUAAACGUAUGCACUCUCUGUGCCUGUGUGGAAACAUUUUGAGUCAGAAACUGAGAUGGCAGGCCAGAGCUAAACAUUUUUCUGAUGAAAUAUGCAAUUUCUGAAUGCAGAACUUUUCAGUCAUAAAAACACCUGCAAGGCCUGAAAGAGAUCAAGCUUUAGCCAAGAAAAAGUAACCCAAAAGUAACUAAAAGUAACGUAAGCAUUACUUUCCAUGAAAAGUAACUAAGUAAUGCAAUUAGUUACUUUUUUUGGGAGUAACUUAAUAUUGUAAUGCAUUACUUUUAAAAGUAACUUUCCCCAACACUGAUUAUAAGACUACUAUAAAGAAUUGGCACCAAAAUGCCACCCAUCUAAUCACUUAUGAGCCUUCUGUAUUAAGCCAUAAGAUUAACCCAUGAAACUAAUGCCAUCAUCGUCAGUAGCCGAAACGUUUUUGCCAUGUCAACAAAAAAUGUAACAUUAAAUGAAUUAAUUUUCAGUAAGAGCUAAUGCACAUAUAAAAUAAAAUCUAACUGUAAUAAGUAACGAUGGUAAUGCUUUUUUGUGGAGUUGUUUGAUGAUCCUCUUGUGAGAGGACGUGUUGAAACAGUCGAAUUGGCAGAUGAUGAUCAUGUUUAUGUUUCACGCAGAUAUUCUUGAUGCAGCAAUGUUCAUUUAACUCUG